ACGAAAGCUGCGAGGACUCAAGAACAACGGAAGCUUUCAAAGGUGAACUCCGAUGCUAUGUGGGCCGAUAUUGAGUCAGGACGCACCGAGUACCUCAAAAUCAUCGAGUCGCUGGCUGAAAAAUACAACAUGUCAAUAGACUGGAUGUCAGGUCAGAUGUAUCUCGGUGGCAAACUUCUAAAGAGAAACCGAACUGCCGGUGUUUUCAACGCCUUUGUACGCAGAAAGAUGCAUGAACGCAAGGAAAACGGUCUACCCAUGGGUCGCGACGCGCUCGCACUUGUCACCAAGCAAGUCAGCAGGUCUGGUGAGUGGAAGAAUCUCGACUCCGACGAUGAAGACGACCUCCUGAGAGACAUGCAAAAUGAGAAGGAGAUGAAGGCUAAUGUUAAAGUAACUGGCCGUGAAGCAGCAUCUGACAUUGAGAACACGCUGGCUCGUGUUCAGCCAGAGUUACUCGGCCUCGAGAAGCGUACCGGGUGUAAUAUUAUGUGGAUUCUUGCCCGUGGCAAAAUCAGCGACUCCUUCAUUCCACGUAGCUAUGCCUCCGAACCUCUCCAAACAGCAUUCCUCCACCUAUACAAAUCAACCAUCGAGUCGGUGGGUAUGCAAACCGAUGCCUACAUUGCAUCGGGAGCUGCUGGUGUUAUCAAGAUGACGACGGGACGCAACACAACGAAGCUACGAGGACAAGUUCGAGAAAUGAUCCGGGUUGGCAUGCAUGAAAUUUUAACUAAAAAUAGAGGCGUCUCCGAGGAUUCAGUCCCCAGCGUCGCUUACAACUCAUAUGAUGCCUUCGUCGUCAAAUGGGGGGUGGAAUUGAGUGGCUGGACAGAGGGCGAAGUCCGGAACCCUGGUAACAUCACUUCGUCUGUCGGACUUGCACGUCUGCAUGCUGCACUAAAGAACGACGAAUGCUAUUGGCGUGAGCUUACUCAAGAUGAGUGGGAGGCAAAGAAGGAGUCGUUCGAGCAGCAAGUUCUCAAC